AUGUCUCAAGAUCCCCGUGUCCUACUCCAAAAGGCCGACAAAGCGCUAUCCGGGGCCUCCGGCGGCUUCAGCUGGUUUGGAGGACGAACAGAGAAAUAUGAGGGCGCCGCAGAUCUCUACACCCAGGCUGCAAAUGCAUUCCGGGUACAGAAAAUGAACAGAGAGGCUGGCCAGGCUUUCGAAAAAGCUGCAACUAUCCAGACCCAGAACCUCAACGAGCCCGACGAUGCUGCCAACACACUCCAGGAAGCCUUCAAGGUUUACCGCAAGUCCGACCCUGAGGAUGCUGCCCGCGUUCUUGCCAGUGCCAUUCAGCACUACGUACUAAAGGGAAACCUGCGCCGCGCGGCAACACAGCAGCAAUACCUGGCUGAAUUGUAUGAGGUGGAGCUCGGAGAUAUGAAGAAGGCGCUGGAUGCGUACGAGAAGGCUGCUGAGUGGUUCGAGAGCGACAAUGCUGAAGCUCUUGCAAGCAAGCACUAUCUCAAAGUUGCGGACCUGGCUGCUUUGGACAGUGACUACUACAAGGCCAUCACCAAUUUCGAGCGCAUCGGCCGCGCCUCUAUUAACAACAAUCUGAUGAGAUGGUCUGUGAAGGACUAUCUCCUCAAAGCAGGCAUCUGCCACCUUGCCACGAAAGAUCUUGUCGAGACCAACCGUGCACUGGAAUCAUACCGUGAACUCGACCCUAGCUUCGGCUCUACAAGGGAGCACCAGCUUCUCACGGACCUCACCCAGGCUGUUGAAGCCGGUGACCAGGAGACGUUCGCUGACAAGCUGUUCCAGUAUGAUCAGCUCAGCAAGCUGGAUAAGUGGAAGACCACCCUCCUCUUGCGGAUCAAGAAUAACAUUGAGGAGGCGGAGGAGGACUUUUCUUAA